AUGGGCAUGCCCUACUCCAAACAAGUCAACGCGGCAUUCGAUCAAGUCACCCCGCUUGUCGCCGCAGGAUUCGAAGUCCUCAAAACCACAAAGAACAUCGCCAUUCUUCUCGCCGUCAUCCAAAUCUUAGUCGCCAUCGUGCUGACUUUGACUUUGUUGGCGAUACUCGCCUUGAUAUACUCGGUCAAUCCAGAUUUAGAAGCAGAAAGACAAGCUCUUGUUACACCAUGCAUGCAGUGGAUCGCGAGCUGGCUAAUCGAGUACGGGAAUAUUGUUAGUUGGUGCUUGAAGUUUCUUGUUGUGCUGUGUAUUGGUGGUCUGGGGGCUUUCAUCUGGUAUAACUCUACGCCGACGUUUCCUGUCACUGAGAGACCUGCACUCGAGGACGGUGAAGGGGAAGAUGGAGAGGAGCUGAGAGAUGUUGAGAAGUUUGAGUAA